AUGUUUCCACUCCAUUUGAAUUACGAAGAUGUAUCACGUCAGGAUCUGCUGCUCAAACCGAAUCACGCCAACGUUAUGGAAGUUCCUGGAUCGUGUAAAAUAAGAGUAGUACCAAAGGCGGCACCUUCUGAUUUCAUAAUAAAAAAUGGAAAAUUUGCUAUGGAGAUUCCGUGCGGUCAAAAAUUAAUACAGAAAAUAAGGGCUUCGACAGGAAAGUCGUUUCGAUCCAAUCCAUUCUUGGGCUCAAAUAAGGGGUCUGUCAGUAACCUAGACCUAGCACGACAAAGCGCUCUCCGAGGGCAUGGAAUGUCUCAUUUUUUGUUCAGAAUCUCCACAGUAAUGUCUCUGUUAGAUUCUCCGGUCGAAAUACGGGAAAACUCCAUUCAAUUCUCGAUGGAAACGGAGUUUUGCGAAUUAUCCCCGGAACUGGGAGAGCAUUUCGAGAUCUUCGAACAUAUUCGAGGGUUCAACGCGACUAUUGUCACUUCGGCGAACACACAAGAUGAAACUUUACCACUGUGGAGCGGCUUUUUGAAAAAAGAGGAAAGAGUUCCUUGGGGAUAUACGAAUUAG